AUUUGAGAUGGGUCGGUGGUCGCCAGGCAUCACUUGCCAAGAUGUCUCGAAACGACACAUCAUUCAUGGGCGAGUCUUAGCCGUCAUCGCUUCAAUUUUUGUUGCCAAAACAAUUUGGUUUGGAGCGGCCACGGCUUCUGUGAUUUGGUCCGUCCACCCGACGAAAGUCAACCAAGAAAAUCACACGAACCAUGUGGAUUCGAUGGAGCAACAACUGGACGAUGUUGGACAUGCGUCAAUUUUCCAGGUGGAUAUGGAACUUCGAAUAAGACAGUUUCAGCGGCGACGACUCAUUAGAAUACUGAAUCAGUUUACAAACAUGCGCAAAAACCAACGGGUGAUCAGAGAACUGGCAAACCAGGGGCCUGAUGGUUCACACUUGGUGAACCAAUCAAUUUCCCCGGUUGAAGUUGAGACAACAGGUCCCCCACCUGAGCUUGCACAAUUGCUCGUACUUGAAGCGCGCAUUCGCAGAUUGCGACAUUUGCGACGGAUUCUCCUUGCAAAAAAGGCAGCUGCCAGAAGUCGACAGGAACUUGCUUCUUUGCGACGAAGUCCCGUGAAGAAAACCUUACAAACUGUUUGUGGCAGUUGUUUGGGCAUGUGUGUGGUAGCAAAAACUUACCCGCGAAUAUCGCAGGUGGUCAAAGCUGCCAAAAACUGGAAUGACAAAGAGGAAAGGACCUGGCUGAGAGAUGUGGGAAAACACGCUGACAAGAAGUACGCUGAGUUCCAAGAGGUUGUUCAACCUUGGCUUGAACCCUUCCAGCCAUUCAUCGAUUAUUUCUGGCAGGCCUGGAUUUGGCGCGGUUUCCAGCGAAGGUUGAUGGCCGCCAGAGAAAGAGAACUUAAAGAAACCAGUGAUAUUGGCGUUCCAAAUGUGGCUUUGGAGGAUGUUGCGGGAAUUGGGUCGGCAAAGACAGAAGCCCUGGAAAUUGUGGAGUGUUUGAUGGCUCCAGCCAGGUUUGCAAGCUUGGGUGCGCACUGCCCCAAGGGUUUGCUUCUCACUGGGCCGCCUGGUUGUGGCAAGACGCUUCUUGCAAAGGCGAUUGCAGCUACUGCUGCUGUUCCAUUUCUGUCACGGUCAGGAGCUGACUUCAACCAGAGAUAUGCUGGCGCGGGAACAACUAUGGUUAAGGAGCUGUUCGCCACUGCACGGCGCAUUUCACCAGCAGUGAUUCUGAUCGAUGAGCUGGACUACUUGGGCCGCCAAAGAGGGGAGGAGCGAGGUGGAGGGCUUGAAACAGACCGAGCAGCGGCCUUGACCCAGCUGCUGGCAGAGAUGGAUGGGUUUGGUUCUGCUGACGGUGUUGUCGUGAUCGGAACAACCAAUCGGCCUGACAUUUUGGACAAGGCUCUGACACGACCUGGGAGGUUCGAUCGGAAGGUGACUGUUCCGCUACCAGAUGUUGAGGGCCGUUAUCAAAUCCUCAGGAAGCAUUCCAAGCGGCUGGUUCUGGACUCAAGUUCAAAACUAAUUGGGCCAGAGACACCCACCGCACCGGAUUGGAUGGCUUGGGCAAAAAGAACCACUGGAUUUUCUGGUGCAGAUUUGGCUGGCCUGAUCAAUGAGGCAGCCAUGGCUGCAGCACGAGAAGGUUGUUCUUCUGUUCGUGAACACCACCUCCAGGUUGCUUACACCAAACUCUUGAUUGGUAUUCCAUCAGGGCGACAUCAGUCCCCAGCAGAGAUGAAUGUGACAGCUUUUCACGAGGCUGGUCAUGCUGUGGUCAACGAGGUCAUGCGAGUUUCUCUUGGAGCAUCUGGUAUACAAGGGUUUCGCACGGUGGCACACAUCAGUAUUGUUCCUGCAGGUGGCACUGGUGGAGUAACGCAGUUUGCCGAUCCUGAGGAGGCGAGCCGCAUUCCCCAGUCUCGCAAAGUCCUUUUGGCUAUGCUGGCCGUUGACAUGGGUGGACGGGCCGCAGAGGAGAUCAUUCUGGGACAGGGGCAGGCCACCAUGGGUGCCCAAACUGACAUUGACAUGGCAACUAGGAUGGCAACGGAAAUGGUUGCCGCUGGCGGCCUCUCCAAGGCCAUUGGCCCCAGAUCACUUCAGUCUGGCCUGGCGCCUUCUCAGGCUCUUUUGUCAGUGGUCGAUGCAGAGGUGAAACUCUUGCUUGACCAGGCUCUUUCGGCAGCCCGUGCUGCUCUCUCACGCAAUGGAGCACUUCACGCAGCUGUUGCAGAGGUGCUGAUACAGCAAGAGACGCUGGAUGGAAAGGCAUUUCAGCGAGUCGUCGGGAGCUUCCCGGUGCAUCCAGUCAGAUUGCCAGUGUAAAAAUGCCGACAUUGCGAGCGACCAGUGGCUAGCAACGUGACAGCUCGAUACACGUUGCCCUUUGGAGGUG